AUGGAAGAUCUUCGGUUCCGACCACGACUCCGAGCCUUCCUCAUUGCGUCGUUUGUCCUGUUCGCAGCGACUCUAACGGUAAUCAGUAGUCGCAUCUCCCAUGACACAUCCAGCCAUCGUACUCUCAAGUUCUCGAAGGAUGGCACGUUCCAGAUCGCUGUCUUCUCGGAUCUUCACUUUGGAGAAAACGCUUGGUCUACCUGGGGCCCUCGCCAAGACAUCAACUCUGCGGAAGUCAUGCGAAACGUCCUUGAUGCCGAAUCACAGCAGUUGGUCGUACUGAACGGCGAUCUCAUAACUGGCGAGAAUACCUUCAAGUCGAACUCCUCGAACUAUGUCGAUCGAAUUGUAGAGCCUCUGCUCGAACGAGACCUGCUCUGGGCAUCAACGUACGGUAACCAUGACAGUGCUUUCAAUUUUUCGAGAGCGCACAUACCUGCACAAGAACGAAAACACCCCAACGCACUUACCGAUCGGAUGGUCAUGGAUGAGAGUGCAGGCAUCAGCAACUACUACCUGUUAGUACAUCCUUACGACGGCUGCAGUAUCCCAAGCCUGGUCCUCUGGUUCUUCGAUUCUCGUGGCGGCCAUGCAUAUCAGGAAAGAACAGCAUCCGGACGACCCAUCGGACUGCCCAACUGGGUCGAUGCAAGCGUUGUGGAAUGGUUCAUAAGCAAGAAUGAUAUGCUCGUCGAGCGUUAUGGGAGAGUCAUCCCCGCUUUGGCAUUUACGCAUAUCCCAACCAACGCCAGCCGAGCAUUCCAAACGGAAGUUGGGGUUGCCGCCCAUCUUCAACCUGGGAUCGACGACGACAACCCUCUAGCCCAGCAAGCAGAAGGAUGGUGCUCAGAUGAGAGCGACUCAGGGUCAUGCCCUUACGGCGGAGAGGAUGUGCCAUUCAUGGGGGCCAUCACCUCGACGCCCGGACUGAUGGCUAUGUUUUCUGGUCACGAUCAUGGCAAUACAUGGUGUUACAGGUGGGAUGGGAUGCUCCCAGGCAUGACAGUGAAGGGAAAUGGUAUUCAUUUGUGCUUUGGUCAGCACUCUGGAUAUGGCGGUUAUGGUUCCUGGGCGAGAAGAGCGAGGCAGAUCUACGUGACACAAAGUUCAUUGCGAGAACAUUCGAUUGAAAGCUGGAUCCGACUGGAGACUGGCGAAGUCGUGGGAGCAGUCUUGCUCAACAGCACUUACAAUAUCGAUUGGUACUCUGCCACGCAAGACACACGCACGCAUUGUCCCACAUGUAAUUGA